AUGUCUACCACUGUUAAUAAUAACGAAGCCUCUAGUAGUAGUACCUCUGCCACUAAUAGCGCUGAAUCCUUUGAUUUAAGAAUGAAAUCAAUGGAGGAUCAAAUCAACAACCUUUCCUUAGCCUUUACAAGAUUCAUGAAAGAACCUAUGUUCUCUUCUAAUACCAACUCUCGUAGCCAACCUUCUCAUGAUAACUCUGACACCGAGAAUGAACAAAGUGAAGAUGAAUCAAGUAACAAUGUCGAUGUUCCAACCGAUUAUCAAUUAUCCGAUACCUUACUUGGUCAGUACAAACAUAUGGUAAACAAUCAAGGUUUACUCGUCGAAGAAGAAUGUAUCCUCAAGAAAGAUGAGAUAUCCGAAUUGAAUAAAGUAUUCAACUUUCCAUCUAACUUCCAAGUGAAUGUCGCUCCAUUCGGUACACCUGAAGGUAUUACUGUAUCAUCCAACGUCAAGAACAAUGAUACUGACUUGUUGAUUGUCGAAAAGCGAAUCAACGAUAGCUUAAAACCUUUGCUUCUUAUGUCAAGUAUGUUAUCAUCUGAUAGCUCUAAUGUCGAUGUAGAACUCAGAGUGCAAUUGUCUUAG